GACGCCGACAACGUCUUCCUUCGCAUCCUGAGGCGUCAGCACGCCGCCGACAUCGUCGAGGACGGCGAGCGGCUGCUGACAUUCCACGACCACCGCCCUGCCUCCGACCUACACCUACUCGUCAUCCCAAAGCGCUUCGUACGUGAUGCCUCCCAGCUGCGACCCGCCGACGCGCCGCUCGUGCACGAAAUGCACUCCACGGCGCAUCGGCUGGCGCGCAGA